GCGGCCGCCCUGAGUUCUUCGGCUACCACUUUGCGGAGGUUGGCCAGUGAAAUGGUUCCUGUUUGGUUCUGGGCCGCAUUGUAUAGCUUGCGAACAGCUGCGAGGAGGUCUUGCCCCAUGCCUCUGGCGGUCUCUUUCUUCUCUGGGUUUGCCAUUGCUACCAAUCCGUCGACCAUGUUCUUGAUAGCGUCGAUGUCAGAGGGUGAGGGGGAACGAGGAGGUGUCGGGGGGCCGCUUGAGUGCCGUGACUGGGCCGGUCCUCCUCCUCUCCCUUCAGUUGGAGGGGUGGGGGCGGUCAUCCUGUCCCAUGCAAAGGCUCGAGCGCUCAGGGGUUCAGGGGCUCAGGGGCACUAGAUGGAUGGAUGGAAUUUAUUUCGCCCGGAGGCACGAAGCCUAAAGGGCCUUGG